AUGGCGGCUAAUAAGCAGGGCAAGAUGCAAAACCUCAUCAACUACCGGAUGAGAGUCACCCUCAAUGAUGGCCGACAGAUGACGGGACAGAUGCUCGCUUUCGAUAAGCACAUGAACCUUGUCCUCGCCGAUACAGAAGAAUUCCGUCGCGUCAAGCGCAAGUCCAAGCCCGCCGCCGGUUCGACCAACGCACCUCUUGUCGAAGCCGAAGAAAAGCGCACCCUGGGUCUUACCAUUGUUCGCGGUACACAUGUCGUCUCUUGCUCCGUUGAUGGACCUCCUCCCGCCGAUCCCUCUGCCCGACUUGGUACUGCUGGCCCUGGUGCAGCUGCCGCAGCUGCCACUCUCGCAGCUGGCCCUGGAAUUAGCAAACCCGCUGGACGUGGUCUGCCGGUCGGUCUGGGAGGCCCUGCUGCGGGUGUUGGUGGCCCUCCCCCGCCGCCCGGCGGUUUCCCUGGUUUCCCUCCUGGUGGUGGUUUCCCUGGAGUUCCCCCUCCGGGCUUCGCUGGUCGUGGUGGUGCCCCUGGUGGACCUCCUGGCUUCGCUCCUCCCCCGGGAUUCGCGCCUCAGGGUGCUCCUCCGGGUGCUUUCCAACCCCCACCGGGAUUCCAGCCCCCUGGACAGGGCCGCGGAUUCCCUCCACCCGGCUUUGGUGGACGGUGA